GUAAUGUACAUUUUUAAAUUGUCAAGAAAAUGAAAUUACCGGGUUAGACGUGGGAUUAUAUUUCGGAAUUCAUCCAAACUUUUCCAAAAGAAAAAUGACCGUCUUAAAAUUGUUUUUUUCACAUUAUAUUCCACCGGCUAGAUCAGUUAAUAUGGUAAUUAAAGCUUUAAAUUUACCCGUGACAUUAAUUGAAGUCGACAUGUUUUCUUCCUCAUACAAAUCGCAGGACCUUUUAAAGUUGAAUCCUCAACAUACAAUUCCGACUUUACAAGAUGGAAAUUUUGCGUUAUGGGACAGUCAUGCUAUAGUAUCGUACUUGGUUGAUAAAUAUUCUCCAAAUAGCCCGUUAUAUCCAAAAGAUCUGAGAAAAAGGGCUACUAUCAAUCAAAGGUUAUUUCUGGAUGCAGAAAAAUUGUUUCCGCGACUAUGUUUGGCAAUAGUACCACUUUUGUUACGAUUUAAAACCGUUAUACCAAAUGGUGUAUGUAGCGAAUUAUAUAAAUCAUAUGAUUUAUUAAAUGCGUUACUGAAACAAAACGAAUGGCUCGCUGAUAACGUAAUGACUAUUGCUGAUUUGUGUUGCAUAACAACUAUCAGUACUGCGGAUUAUUUUGUUCCCAUUUCGAAAAAAAGGCACCCUUUGUUAUACGAUUAUGUGCAAAGGUUCAACGAAUUGACUUAUUAUGAAGAGACAAACUUGUACGGGAUGCAUUUGCUAGGAGCUAAAGUCCAAGAUGCUGUGACGUUAUCAAGAAAUGCGGAAGUCUGUUACAAUUUUAAUUAGAAAAAGUGAAACUGGUCAGAAUUGUUGUAUUAUUCUUGGAAAUUUGUUUAUACAGUAGAUACGAUUUUAUAAUCAUAAUCCGUCAGAUAAAUUUUAAAUUUUUACAUUUUUAAUGGUUAUAGAACUCAUCAGAUUGUUAAGUGAUUAAAUUUAAACACUAAUUGUGUAAUUUUUUUUAAUAGACACUUAUUACUGUCAGUUACACCAAAAAGACCAUUUAAAUACAUUUUCGUACUAGGUACUCAAAAUUGAAGCAAUUACCGUACCAAAAUCUGCUUUUGUAAUGUUUGGAAAAGAAAUAUUCGAAAUAGAAUCUUUUUAAUAAAUAAUUUAGAUACAUUUGUUUAGUGAAUAAUGAAAUUUAUUUGAAUGUAGGAUAUUUGCCGCCAUCCUGUAUUAAUAUCUAUUUAGUAUUCCACUUGCUAGAUGACAGCACCAAUCUGUCCUUUACUACGAUCCAUUUAAUGUUCUGUUCGAUAGAUGUCAGCACCAAUCGCUUUUUUUAAUAUUUUGCUGAUGAAAAACUAAUUAUAAGGGAUUAUAAAUGUACAGU